AUUCUGGUAAGCUCGACCUGGAGUACGUUGGUACAGCAGGUGCUGGAGUCCUCAGAGAUAAGCUACUGGGUGGAGGUGGAGGAUGUGAUGAGUCUGGUGCAGCAGGAGCGGCUUUUUAUGGAGAUAACCAAAAACAACAGAGAACAUCCGAUGGAUUGGAACGUCUACCACAAUACGGAAGACGUCGAGAAGUUCCUAAACUGGGUGAAAUGAAAGGAAAUGGGAGGCUGCUUCGUGCAGGUAUCCAUGCUCGUGAAUGGAUCUCUCCUGCCGUCUCUAUGUAUAUCCUGAACCUGCUGAUUACAGACGAGUCUUGGCGAGACCUGCUGAAGAGGACGGAGUGGUACAUGGCGCCUGUCGUCAACCCGGACGGCUAUCAUUACACCUUCACCUCCGAGAGUGCCAGGUCAGUCAACAGUGCUGUGGAGAAAGAAUCGCCAGAUAGAGGGUGCAAAGGAGUGAGCCUGAUCCGUGACAUGGACUUGGAAUGGAGCUUCAGCACUCCAUUCGACCCGUGUAGUGAGACUUACAAAGGCGUCACACCCUUCACUGAACCAGAAACCCAAGGUCUCCAAGCAAUCAUGGAAACAGUGGGUGGCAUUGACCUGUUCAUAGCUUUCCCAGGCUAUGGCCAGUCUAUCGUUUAUCCUGUGUUGCGGAAUGACAUUCCUCCAGCAAACAUCCAUGAACACGAAGUUCUGGCUAUGGUAUUUGUUCAUGCC